UCAAUAUAUCAACACCCUGUACAUAUUAUUAUAGAAGAAAUCGCGCGAAUCAAUUAUCUAAAUUACCAUUAUUAAAAGUCACCUUUUGUAAGUGUUACAUACGAAUAUACCUGACCACCACACGCUUGCGUAAAAUUAUAAGGCCGGACGCGUCGUUUUCCAACGUCUCGACGCCGUUUUUCGCUUCAGUAACCGAGAUAUAUUUCAGAUAGACGCGUAUUUCAAGCUCGUCACCGCGUCGAUUGGAAAAUAACGCGAACGAUCUACAAACCGCUAUUUUUUUUUUUCUUACACAAACGACAAGUGUUUUUUUCAACACCCAAUAAAAUGAUGGAUUUUUUAACAUCGAACUGUACCUGUAUAAAGGGUGGGAAAAGGGCGGUAAUAAAUUACGAAUAUUCAGAUAGCGAUACGAAAUCUGUAUCGGAUAUUGAAUUAAGAGCAUCCAGUGAACAGCCGGAAUCUGCGAAAAAAACCAAACAGAAUAGUUGCUGGAAAUUGAAAAGGUGCAUACCGAGGACCGUACUGAAAUGGUUCGGACAAGACGACGAUAUGAGUAUGACGAAAAUAGAAAAAACCAUCAAAGCCUCAUUACUAAUCCAAAAAUGGUAUAGGCGAUACAUGGCACGAUUGGAAGUUAGAAGAAGAUACACUUGGACAAUUUUUCAAACAUUAGAAUACGCAGGGGAACAAGAUCAAGUCAAGCUGUACAAUUUUUUCAAUGCUCUAUUGACACACAUUCCUCAAACGGAACGGGAAAUCGACUCAACCAACUCCAAAAAUGCUUCAUUAGAAAACCUAAAUUUAGAAUUCGAAGACGAAUCGCCGGACGAAGAAUACUACGAGCCGGAAGACAAGAAAAAAUUAUUACAUUAUCAUUUGGAAUAUCCCUAUACGGAAAAAGCUCUCAUACAACUAAUAGAGAUUUUCCGGAAACAUCGACAUUAUCGUUUACCUCCGAAAGAUGUCGCUGAGAUUUUGAGAAGAUCGAUCAUUUGUUUAAAAAAAUUGCCCAACGUGAACGUCGCCUCGACAGGCAUAACGAAACAAUUGACCGUAUGCGGGGAUUUACAUGGUAAAUUCGACGAUCUCUUGGUCAUCUUACAUAAGAACGGUCUUCCUUCAAUCGACAAUCCAUACGUUUUCAAUGGAGACUUUGUAGAUAGGGGAAAACGGGGCUUAGAAGUGUUUCUAAUUUUACUUUUAUGUUUAUUGGCAAUACCUGGAGCUGUGUACCUCAACAGAGGUAACCACGAAGACAUUAUUAUGAAUCAAAGGUACGGAUUCAUCAGAGAAGUACAAUCUAAAUACAAGAAAAAUCACGAAAAACUUCUUAGACUCAUCGAAGGUGUCUACAGGUAUCUUCCACUUGGUACUAUAGUUAAUAAUAAGGUACUAAUAGUUCACGGGGGGAUUUCUGAUAUAACUGACUUGGAUAUGAUCAAAGGCUUAGAUAGAGGGAGGUAUGUAUCUUUGUUAAGGCCCCCGUUAACUGACAGCUCAGCUCCUGGUGCUGAAGUUAUAGAUAAAGUCGAAUGGAAACAGGUUUUCGAUAUACUUUGGUCGGAUCCGCAAGAAAAUAAAGGCUGCAUUCCGAAUAAUCUUAGGGGCGCGGGCACGUAUUUCGGACCGGACGUGACGAAAAAAUUUUUAAACGAAAACAAAUUGCAGUACAUCGUCAGAUCGCACGAAUGCAAACCAGACGGAUACGAAGUUUGCCAUAAUAAUUCGGUAAUUACAAUUUUCUCGGCAUCGAAUUAUUACGAAGUUGGAUCUAACAACGGCGCUUAUUUAAAACUUAUGGGUCCCGAACUAGAUACCCAUUUCGUUCAAUACAUGGCGAAUUCCGGUCGACGAAAACUCAACCUCUACCAAAGGAUGGGUCUCGUCGAAUCGGGAGCUUGCAAGGAAUUGAAAAUGCAAAUCAUGAACAACAAAAUUCGAUUAGAAGAGGCUUUCGCUGAAGCCGAUCCGGAAAGCACAGGAUAUAUAUCGAUCACUCAAUGGUGCGUAGCGUUGGAAAACAUCACCGGAUUGCAACUCCCUUGGAGAAUGCUAAAAGAUAAAUUGGUUACGGUUGAUCCGGAAACGAACAAAGUCAAGUACCAGACGACGUUCGACGUCAAAAACGAAAAACUAAACUCCGUUCAAGGUGCUCAUUCAGUUGUAGAAACAUUAUAUAGAAACAAGAGCAGUUUAGAAGCCAUAUUCCAUAUUAUCGACAAAGAUAAAUCGGGUUAUAUCAGUUUGGAAGAAUUCACCGACGCUUGUAAUUUGAUUAAACAACACAUGCCGUGCCCGGUAACGCACGAACAACUCGAAGACAUGUGCAGAUUGAUGGAUUUGAAUAAGGACGGUCAAGUAGAUCUUAACGAAUUUUUGGAAUCUUUUCGAAUGGUCGAUCCGCAAUCGAGGACCAAAUCGACUAUGGAAUCUCCGGAAACGGUCCGCGAACCUUCCAAAAAUGAGACCAAAUCUAACGAAAAAGACGGUAACAAUAAAGUGAACGGUACAAUAAAUAUAAAGGAAGAUACGAACAUAAAAGUACAAGUCGAUAUUCAUCCAAAGAUGGAAAUCAACGGUACCGAACAGGAAACUUUAACUAUCCACAAAAACAGUCUCAAGAUGUCUCCUGUAUUGAGCACUCGCAGGGGAUCACAAAUAUAAAUAUUUAUUAUACUCAUAUCUUUUUAUAAGGAAAAUGGGAUCAAUAUUUAACCAUUAAAAUUCUACUUUACUUGGUA